GUUUACCUGCAAACCAACAAGCAAAGAGGAAUAAGAAGAAAGUAAAAGAGGCUAUGAAAGCGAAAAAGGCAAGUAAAAAGGCCAAUAUGUUUUUAAAGGAGAUCAAAGACAAAAGUGAUGAAGAGAUGCUUCAAAUAGCUGAGCAAUAUCUUAUAAACCACGAAUGCCAGCAGCAGGUUAUUGAAGCAAUCAAGAAGUCAAUUGAAGAAAAGCCUGAAGAAAAUGGAACUAAAUAUCUUAUUGCAGCAGAGAACCUACAAGGAGCAGAAGCAGUUGAUUACUACAAAAAGGGCAUAGAGGUAUUAGAAAAGGACCAAAUUAGAAUUCAAGAGAGUUCUUCAGAAGAGACUAAAGGAGAAGAAGAGAAAAUCAACAUUCCUUCUAAAAUAGCAUCAGCUUUGUCAUCUAUUGCUGAGCUCUACAUGACUCCUCCUCUUUGCGACCUUCCAGAGGCUGAAGAAACAUGUGAAGGGGCCUUACAAAAAGCCUUCGAAAUUGAGAAUGAUAAUCUAGACGCUCUCCAAUGAUUAGCAAAUCUUAGAAUUAUGAGGGCUAGGGAUGAGGAAGCCAUUGAGCUAUUAGAUCGAGUAUUGAAAACUAUUCUAGAAAAACAGGAAUUGGGAGAUCCUCAAGAAAUGCCAUCUAUUGAUUUCAGACUCCAGACAUCAAGACUAUAUAUGGAGCUUGAGCAAUUUAAGAAAGCAGUAAAACCUCUGGAUACUGUUAUUAAAGAAGAUGAUAAUAAAGGAGAGACUUGGUACCUCCUUGCUUUCUGCCAUUACAAUCUUAAGAAUUACCAGAAUGCUAAUGAGUGUCUCACGAAUGCUCUUGAAUGACCCGAUCUCACAGAAGAGUUAAAGGAAGCUUCAACUGAACUUCUGGAAUCAAUGAAGGGAGAAAACUUAAUUGCUGGAGAUACAUCAGUCAGUGAAGGAGUAGCAGAUGAAGAAGAAAUUAUUGACGAUGAAGAUCUUGAAAAGGAAUUCGUUGAAGAAGACCCAUCUGAUGAUGAAGAUGUAGAAAUGCAAUAGGCUAAUUUAAUCAAAUAAUCUCAAUUUU